GCCUGGCGCUGCCCGCGGGAGCUGCUCCGCACCGAACCGCUCUAGCAGCAUCACCUCUGGGUGCGGCGCCUCCGCCCGCCAGGCAGAGAAACUUCCUCCCGCAGCAGCCACCCAGGCAGGUUCUUUCACCUUUUUUUGUUUGUUUGCUUGUUUUUAACUUCCUCUCCCCGACCUGGUGCCCGCCUGCCCGCCACCCUGGCGCACCUCUUGCCGGCUCCGGCCAUGUACAGCAUGCUGGAGACUGAGAUCAAGACGCCACAGCCCACGCCGGGCAGCGCUGGAGGUAACCCCGCUCCGGGGAGCAACGGUAAAAGCGGCGGAGGCGGCGGGACCAGCAACGGAGCGGGAGCCGGCUCGGACCAGGACCGGGUGAAGCGCCCCAUGAACGCUUUCAUGGUGUGGUCGCGGGGCCAGCGGCGGAAGAUGGCCCAAGAGAACCCCAAGAUGCACAACUCGGAGAUCAGUAAGCGCCUCGGGGCCGACUGGAAGCUGCUGAGCGACGCCGAGAAGCGGCCCUUCAUCGACGAGGCCAAGCGGCUGAGGGCCGUGCACAUGAAGGAGUAUCCGGAUUACAAAUACCGGCCCCGAAGGAAGACCAAGACCUUGUUGAAGAAGGACAAAUACUCGCUUCCCGGCAAUCUGCUGGCCCCGGGGGGUGGCAACGCGGUAAACAGCCCCGUCGGGGUGGGGCAGAGGAUUGACACUUAUGCCCACAUGAACGGCUGGACAAACGGGGCUUACUCACUGAUGCAAGACCAGCUGGGCUACAGCCAGCACCCGGGCAUGAACAGCCCCCAGCUGCAGCAGAUGCACCGCUACGACAUGACGGGCCUGCAGUACAGCCCCAUGAUGUCCACGGCCCAGACCUACAUGAACGCCGCCUCCACCUACAGCAUGUCCCCCGCAGCCUACGGCCAGCAGCCCUCUACGGCCAUGAGCCUGGGCUCCAUGGGCUCGGUCGUGAAAUCCGAGCCCAGCUCGCCGCCUCCUGCCAUCACUUCCCACUCUCAGAGGGCCUGCCUGGGAGACCUGCGGGAUAUGAUCAGCAUGUACCUGCCCCCGGGAGGGGAUGCCACAGACCCUUCCGCCUUGCAGGGCAGCAGGUUACACAGCGUCCACCAGCACUACCAGAGUGCCGGGACUGGCGUGAAUGGUACCGUACCACUAACUCACAUAUAAACUUGGCUGCUCCGGACGGCUCCCGUCUUAAUCCCUAACCCCACCAUCGCUCCCUGACUACACCGGGACGCACGGCAGCAUUGCUCGGCUUAGCAGACUUAAUACUAACUUUGGAGAACUUUUAAAAAACAAAUCCGUUAGUUGUGUCUUUUUUUUGGCGUUUUUUGUUUGUUGGUUUUUUUUUUUUUUUUGUACAGAACAUUAUUUGAGCAAGCUAUUUUAAUAGAGCACAACUCCUGCCUCCUAGAAGCCGUUGUGAAGUGUUCAAACCACGGCAACUUCCUUCCCUGGUUUCUGCUAGGUUGGGCACUGUUUUAUUCGCUUAAAAAGUUCUUAAAAGUUCUUGCAUCUUCCAGUUUGAUUUCUAGCGUUGCAAUGACAUAAAAGAAAAAGGCGGGCUUUUGUUUUUAAACUCGGUCGUUCACAUUAUCAUUGUGGUUUCUUGAGUGUUUUGUUCUUCCCACCUUACCGAGUCUCGCUUGGUUUCUAUCCACAAUCUAUAGCUUUCACAAUUUUUUAACUUUAGGGUUUUAUUCCUUAAAAAAAGGGGAGGUGGGAGAGAGCUGUGCGGGUCGCAAACGCAUUUCUUUUAUUUAUAGUAAGUUGAGUGUCUUGGGAUUUUAUUUUUUUUUUUUAAGAUGUAUACUUAUGUAAAUUGGUUUGUGAAUUUUACUGUGGUACAUGUUUUGACAUAUCGGAUGAAGAAACGUUUUAGUUUUGUCUACUGGAUUUCCCCCCCCCCAAAAAAAAAGUAAUGGAAAUACUCCUUCCCUGUCCCUACUCCUCGUUUUCUUCCUUCUUCCAACGAAGAGAGAUCAAUAAAUUUUAUAUCAGGCA